AUGGGGAUUGGCCUGGGCCAAAUCCUUACGGAAUGUCGUCCAAUGUCGUCCACUGAAAAUGCGUGGCAAGCCGUGACGUGCCUUGAGACUCCUAGACAAGAAUCUGGCAACGAUAGUGCGUGGCGGCCGGGAUCGUCAGAUCUCGGGGGGCUCAGUGGGCGGGAGAUGACACGCGGAUACAUGUCCUUCGGCAUUGGCAUUCGCUUGGUGUUGUUCCCCGCCGGCAGCGAUUAUAGAGCUGAGCUUCACGCCGAGUCUGGUGUCGGAGAUGCGCUCUUCCUCUUCUGCUUCUCAUCUUCGGGAGGGCAGGCCGCCCCAUCAUUCCCGAAAAAAAGCCGUUAUGUUGGCCAGCUUACGUGCUGCGAUCAAGUCCCGGAAGCAGUGCACUGUCAAUAA